CGAAAACAUGGCGCCUGAAUGAAGGACGCUGAACGUGAGUGCUGAUAGAUUUACUGUCGCGUUUACGCAUACACAUAACUGAUUUGACAAGUCAGUACACCCGUUUGCAGGAUGAGUAAUCUGUCACCCUUCGGCGGUGGCAAGAACCCACCGUGGGUCCGUAAUGCAGGACAAGGUAUACAAAACAUCCAGCAGCAAAUGCUGGGUCAAGCCAUGGGCAGUAUUGGUGGACAGCCUAUGGUACAAUAUCAACAACAACCCCAACAAGUCUAUCAACAAAGUCUGGGAUUACAACAGCCCAACAUCACUAUGGCUUCAAUGGCAACACUUGGCUCUAACUUACCAUCAGGAAUAACAGGACAAUUGUAUCCGCAAGUUGCCACAGUUUCUUAUCCAACACCAAGAGCAUUGAACACAAAUGCAUUUCAACCGUCUGUGGCUGGUGUUCCUCAACAGAUGCAACAGAAUGUACCUUCAUCGUCUACAAAGCAGAGAGUUUUCACAGGCACUGUUACCAAAGUUCACGAUAAUUUUGGUUUUGUAGAUGAAGAUGUAUUUUUCCAAACUAGUGUAUGUGUAAAGGGAUCUAAUCCUGUAGUGGGAGAUCGCGUACUUGUAGAGGCGUCCUACAAUCCUUCUAUGCCGUUUAAAUGGAAUGCUACUAGAGUACAAGUGCUGCCUAUGGUGAAUAAUAGCAAUAAUGCAAAUACUCAACAAAAUAACCAACCAAAUCGUCAACAGCAACAGCAGCAACAACAACCAAACAGGACAUCAGGCAAUUAUAAUGCUGUACCACCUCCUGCAGAAAAUUCUAACAACAGUAGGUUCACAAGUACGACAAAUUCCAACGCUACUAGCAACCGUAACAAAGUUGGUAGAGUAAGAGAAAGAUCUCCUCGCGAACGAAGAAAUGACGAUGAGGAAAUAGAAAGGAAGAGACGUCGUGAAGAGAGAAUACGAGAACGUGAGAAGAAAGAGGAUCGCAGUCCGUCAAGGACUAGGAGGAGUAAAUCGCCAAGACCUCGUCGGCGUACGAGAGUCGUGCCGCGUUACAUGGUGCAAAUACCAAAAAUCGCACUGGAUCUGCCUGAAGCAGAUGUUCUUGAGAUAAGAAGACGCUAUCAAAACAUGUACAUUCCUAGCGAUUUCUUUUCCACUAACUUCAGAUGGGUCGAUGCUUUUCCGCCCCACAUGCCAUUUACUCUUAAUAAACCGUGCUCUUUCCAUGUUAUGCAUAAAGACGUCGACCCGUGUAUCGAAAAUACAGCAGUACUAGAACCCUCGGAUGCUGACUAUCUGUUCUCUGCAAAGGUCAUGCUCAUAUCUAUGCCCGCCAUGGAAGAAAUAUACAAAAGGUGUUGCGGGGUUUCUGAAGACAGGGAUCCGGAUCGCGAUUACGUUCAUCCUACGCGCCUCAUAAAUUUCUUAGUAGGCUUACGAGGCAAAAACGAGACAAUGGCAAUUGGUGGGCCAUGGAGUCCUUCGUUAGACGGGCCUAAUCCUGAAAAGGAUCCGUCCGUAUUAAUCAGGACAGCCGUGAGGACCUGUAAAGCACUUACCGGCAUAGAUUUAUCCAGCUGCACUCAGUGGUACCGCUUCCUGGAACUCUACUACAGACGUGCAGAAACGACCCACAAGUCCGGGCGAGUGGUACCCUCUCGCGUUGAAACCGUCAUACUAUUUCUCCCAGAUGUUUGGAGCUGUGUGCCUACCAGAUUGGAAUGGGACGGGCUGCAACUCAACUAUAAGAAACAACUGGAGCGAAAGUUGCUGCGUGCCGCCUGUAACCCCGACGAUUUGGAUGCUACCAAUGAACCUGAUGAUGCUGCCGUCGCUGAUCAAAAGGACGAUUCUAUGCCCGAGAAGAAGGAUCCUACGCACUAUUCCGAGCUAGAUCCGAAAUCGAUGAACGUGAACGAAUUGCGUCAAGAACUAGUAGCUCGCAGUCUAAGCUCGAAAGGCUUGAAGUCCCAAUUGUUAGCGAGACUUUUGAAGGCGGCGAAGUCCGAGCAGGCCAAAGAGGAAGGUCGGCAAGACGAAGGCGAUGAAAAUGAAGAGGAUGUCGCACCACCAUCGAAAGAAGAGGAUGAUAAAAAAUUCAGAGACAAUAAAGAUCACGAUGAGGACAAGAGGAAACUUUAUGAACGCGAACGUGCCGUACUCGAAAAGAAGUACACUUUGCCGGAUUCAUCGCACAUUAUCGUUCAUCCCUCUAGAAAUGCCAAGAGUGGAAAAUUUGACUGUACAGUUAUGUCGCUGAGCGUAUUGUUGGAUUACAGACCAGAAGACACAAAGGAGCAUUCUUUUGAAGUAUCUCUCUUUGCUGAAUUAUUCAACGAAAUGUUGAUGCGGGAUUUUGGCUUUCGGAUUUAUCGCUCAUUGUCCAAUCUGCCUGAAAAGUCUAAGGAAAAGGAUGAAGACAAGAAGAAAGACAAGAAAGAUGAUAAGAGAGAUGAUAGGAAGGAUGAUAAAAGGAAAGAAGAUGAGAAGAAAUCCAGUAAGAAGGAUGAAAAACGAGACGACAAGAAGAGAGAAGAAGCCAAAGAUAAGAAAGAUGACAAAGAUGCGAAAAGUAAAGUGGAUGAUAAAGACAGAGAAAAGGACAAAAAUGAUGAUGAUGAGGAGGACGAGGAAGACGAAUCAGACGAUGAUGAUUCUGUAAAAGACAGUAAGAGGGACAAAGAUAAGGACGGAAAGAAGAGGAAAACGAAACUGUACACCUACGAUCCUUAUCUUCUACUAUCAUUUGUAUAUUUUGAUCAGACACACUGCGGAUAUAUAUUUGAUAAGGAUAUCGAAGAACUCAUUUAUACCCUGGGACUCAAUUUGUCAAGAGCUCAGGUACGAAAAUUAGUACAAAAGGUCGUUACGAGAGAUUCUCUGCACUAUCGCAAAUUAACUGACAAGUCGAAAGAGGAUGACUUAAAAGACGAGAAAAAAGAUGAUAAAGAGAGCGAUCGAGGUGAAUCGAUCAAAGCGGACAACGAGGAAGAUAUAUUAUUACGUUCGCUUGCCCUUGGAAAUAAAAAACUGUUACCUGUGUUUGUGGGAAGUGGACCACCUUCAAAAAGAGCGCGGAGAGAGGAUUGCGUCGUGGAAAGAAGCGAUGAAGAAAUGAUUCCGGAAGGCAUCGUCAUGUUCAAAGGUUCCUUAUUAGAUGUAGAAAAGCUCGUUAGUCAGUUGAAAAGAUCUGAAAAGGCGCGUUUGGACACCGAGGAUCGCAUGAUGGAACUGCAACACGAAUUAACUGUAACCAAUGAAAAAUCUACAAAACAGACCAAUAAUAUUAAGGGUCUGUCGGAAGAUCUAAAAAUGUACAAAGAUAAAUUACGAGGCGCGGAAGAAAAGCUCAAGAAAGUAUCUACGGAUUGCCAUACUUAUCUGACUGCCGUGAAGAAUAUAUACCAUAUAGCAGCGAAGAUGAUGCAGAGUGAUACGCGAAAGGUGGAGGUGGUGGAAAUUCAGGACGAAAAGGUCGGUGGAGAGAUAAACGGAUCUGAGAUGGAGAACAAAUUUAAAACUGAUACCAGAUGGGGAGACAACAAGAUCCUAGUGAAGAAGGAAUCCGCGGACGUAGAUAAGGACAAAAAAUCCGACAAUAAAGCUUCUGUCAAAAAGGAGUUUGGUGAAAUGGACAAGGAGAAGAAAUAAACCACAUUAUCUAUUUAUUGCAUAGUAGACUGUACGCACCAACGCGAAAAAGAGUUUAACGUUUCCUCGUGGCUGCGAAGAAAUAUUGAACUCUAAUGCACGCGUCAUUAGAGAUAUGUAAAAAAAAAGGGAAAAAAAACAGAAAAGCAAAGCGGAUAAACUAGCAAAAGAUUUUACCCGACACCAAGUGAUCAAGACUCCAUUUUGUAACUUUUUUCACUCAGUGAUAACGUGUGAUGGCAUCUUUAAUUAGUAAUAAGAGAAGCACUUGAAACCAUGCGUGACAACUCACAUCAUUGUUAAAAUGUUUUUUUUUUGUUUCAGGUUUUUUGUGUUGCUUCAAAUUUUACAUAAACUGGCGGAUUAAAAAAUGGUUUCCAAAUACCAUUAAUCUGCCAUUAAAUAUCAGAUAUUGAAUUAAAAAACGAUAUUUAUUAUUUUUGUAGAUUUAAAACUGCGUAGUAAUGCUAAUUAUUUUACUCUCAUGAAGUAGGAUUGUCAUUGAAAGUAAAAGCAAUGCAAAUUGAUGCAAAUUGAUACAAAAAGAUAUUGCAUAUGUUUCCGCUCUUACAUAAACAUAAUUUCUGAAAAUUUUAUAUAUAUUAGAGCGUGUUUAAAGCUAUUUUGUGUUUAAACUUAAGUUAUAAUCAAUAUCAUAAUAUUAUUUACUAUAAAUUUACAUUCUUAUUAUCGAAUCAGCCAGCAUUUUUGAAGCAUAAUAAAUAGUUCUCGACGUAAAAACUCGGUAAUUUUAAUUGAAUUUACGUGAUGCAUAAUUUAAUGCAAUAAACAUAUAGAACGCAAUAAACAUACGUAAAUGUGAUAAGAUAUAUUACAUCAAUGUUUAGUUUGGAUAUUGUUGCAUUUUUAUAUUAAAUUUUUCGAAAUUCUCACUUACCUUGCUGCUCAUAAUUUUGUAAUGCAGUACAUGCAGAAGCAGCUUGAAAAUUGUUCAUCAAAAAUGUUUACAAAAGAAAAUUUAUAUCAGUAUCAUUUUGUUUCAAAAAUAAAAUUUUCAUUGACGAUAAUAAAAAGCAAUUAUAUUUGUUAUUAAACAAUAAAAUAUUUUUUUUAAACAUCUGAAACGAAGAAGCAUGUAUAGUUUUAAAGAAAUUUAAAGUUAUGAGUGUUUCCUUUAGUGAUAAGAAAAUUACUAGCCUAAUCUAAUAGAAAUAUGAAACAAAUUUAAGAUGUCCUUCAAGUAGAUGUACCGCUCUCGUUAUAUACCACCGAUAUUGUCAUACAUUUACCCAAAAGUCAUACUACAAAAACGUGUUCUUGAACGUUGGCGAUCAUACUCGCGCGUUCUAUUGCCGAGAUUUGCAGUUUAUAACUCACGAUGCCAAGGAUACUAUUUUGUAUAUAGUUACCUAUUAUAUAAAAAUUUUUUGUAGUUUGUUAAUAGGCCACACUCUUGUACAAAAAAAAAAAAAAGAAAAGAAAAAAAAGAAAAAUAGCACGAUAUGAGAGAUAUAAAAAAGUGAAAACGUUUUGUGUAUGUCGACGUUGUACGAAGUCUUAUAAUGAAAAUUGUAAUUAUCUCCUUGGGCACAUGGUAGUCAGAAAUACAAGGGUAACAAUAAAAAUUGUUUAGACAGCAUC